CUACAAGUCCCUCAGAAUUUAGUAAUCCUUUAAGAAAAUUUAAGUUAGUUUUUCUUGGUGAACAAAGUGUUGGAAAAACCUCAUUAAUAACAAGAUUUAUGUAUGACACAUUUGAUAAUACAUAUCAAGCAACGAUUGGAAUUGAUUUUUUAUCAAAAACAAUGUACUUAGAAGAUAGAACUGUUAGAUUACAAUUAUGGGAUACAGCAGGACAAAUUCCUCGUUCAUUUAUGAAUACUGCCAAAUGGAUUGAUGAUGUUCGUGCAGAACGAGGAAAUGAUGUAAUUAUUGUAUUGGUUGGUAACAAAACUGAUUUAAAUGAUAAAAGGCAAGUUACUACUGAAGAGGGAGAAAAGAAAUCCAAAGAAUUUAAUGUCAUGUUCAUUGAGACUAGUGCAAAAGCCGGCCAUAAUGUAAAAACGCUUUUCCGUAAAAUUGCUCAAGCAUUACCUGGAAUGGAAAAUACAAUGAACGAAACUCAAAAUCAGCUUAUCGAUGUGAACAUUAAUUCUGGUACUCAAAAUGCUAGUGAAGGAAGUGGAUGUGCUUGCUAA